AUAAUCAAUCAUAGAAUCAGUACUUGGGUUCAUACAAUCAAACCUAACAUACAAAUCUAGGGUUCUCCAUACCCAGAUGAAUGGGAGAACUACUCCAUGGAGAAGAAAGCAAAAGCAGAAUCAGACACGGAAUUCAUAUUGUGAAGGAUGGAUUCCUGCUUCUGGACGUUGAUCGGCACUUCUCCAAGCUCAAACUGGCCUCCAAUGGUGUUGAAGAUCAAGCUAGGGCACUUGGAGACUCUUGUUCGUCGCUUUCUCUCUCUAGGAAUCGCUCUGUCUCUCUAAAACUCGAAUCCCCCUUGACUUUGGCUGAAAAUCUGCUUAAAAAGGCAUCAGUGGCCAAAGCACGGUCGAGGACAUGGCCGUGCUUUGCCUGAGCCUGCCAGUGCCUCGGCCAGGGUUAAUUACACGGCCAGCAGUGGGGAGAAACACGGCCGUGCUUUGGUGGAACACGGCCGUGCUUUGGUGCCCGUGUUUGCAGCUGAAUUUGCCAUAUCGAAUUUGCUCUCGGCAUAAAAAGCACGGCCACAGGUACACGGCCGUGUAAUGCUUUAGGUCUGCCCGUGUUUUGGCUCCAGCUUGACGAAAUGACCUCCGAAUGCCCCGAAACUCGCGCUUAGCCUUCCCUUUGACACCUGGGACCUGAAACAUGACAAAAUAGCACAACCCGGCGUAAAAUAGGCCAAAACACACGACUAUGCCCCUCAAACGGAUAAGAACUAGGGGCGCAAAUAUGUGCAAUUACAUCGUUAUCAGCUGGAAUAUUGUGGACGAAGGAGAAGGAAAGGAGUCGUCCUUUCAUUCGUUGUUUGGGGUGCACAGGGAGAAAACCUUGUGAUUGGAGGAGAAGGAGACGAAAUAAAGAGAGCAGCUUAGCAAAACAAUCGAGGAGGUAGAGUUACAUAAGAAGAGGGAGGUUAAUUGUAAGAGUUAUAAAGCAAUCAACAUGGAAAGAAUAGAUGGCGGAGUUAAGGGAAUCAAGGUAGCAGAGAAGGGUCGAGGGAAGAAGAUGGAGAGCUGAGUCAGGUUGGACAGGUUGACAUGGCAAGUUGUGAUGACGUGGAGGGUCAGGUUUAUUACUUUUUGGGUUAAACCAGGUUGAUUAGGCGAUUUUGUUUGCCACGUCAACACAUAACGGACUCCAUUAACAGAAUUGGAUGGAGACUAACGGAGAGUGACAAAAAAUUGAUCGUUUUACUAAGUUGAAUGACUAAAUAUGAAAUUUUUUCGUAAAUCCAAUGACCAAACAUGCAAUUAACCAAAGAAAAACAACCAAUAUUCUUUCAGGUUGAAUUUGACCUUUUGAGCACACAGCAGAGUCCUUGAACUGAAGAGCCAGUGUCCCUUCCCAGGUUCCCUUCUCCUUCACUUGUUAAGUGGCAAGUGGAACCGCAAAACCUAAAAGGCUAAAACCACUCCUUCGCUUAACAAGCCAUCACCAGAAUUCAUUCAUAGCCUUCCUUCACCUAACCCUCACAACCUCCGUCACUUUCCUCCUGUCUCGUUUUCGCCGUCUUUCUCUUUCUUGUAUUGGAUUUUCUUCACUCCACCUCCAAAAACCUUUGCUUUUUUUCUCAAUUCUCUCCCUCGCCAAUUUCUCAUCAAUGAAUCUCCUCCAUCCCCAUUUCGCCAAAACGUGUUCUUUCCCCCGCCGGGCUCUCCAAUUCUGAUUGAAAACCAUGGGACAGGGAGCUCGAUUGGGCGUUUAGUAACACAAGCAUAACUUUAUAGUCACCAACCACCAUCGCCAUCCGUAAUCAGGCAGGGGAAAUUGAAUCAUGGGCAAGCGAGGGAUUCAGUUGUUUGAUGAUAAAGGCGGCGGCUUUCUUUCAAUCUCAGGUUUGGGUUCUUCUCCUUGUAACCAGGAUGACGAUGUCGUUCAGUGCUUCCCCGGCGCCGGCGGGCUUUUCGCGAGCGUCAAUCAGAUGGGGAUGGGGUCCAAUGGGAAUGGUGGUGGAGGUAUGAAAUCUGUUUAUAAUGAUUUAUAUGAGAAGUAUUUGUCAUUUGUGGGGUUAGAUGAGGAGGAAGGAGAGAUGGGCAAGAAGAAGACGAGGAAAGGAUGGCUUCAAUUGAAGAUUAAGGUGAGGAAUCCUUCAUUGAGAAGGUUGAUCAGCGGUGGAAUUGCUGGGGCUGUGUCUAGAACAGCUGUUGCUCCUUUGGAGACUAUAAGAACUCAUUUGAUGGUUGGAAGCAGUGGGCACACGAGCACUGAAGUGUUCCAGAAUAUAAUGCAACAUGAUGGCUGGACUGGGUUGUUCAGGGGAAACUUGGUUAAUGUGAUUCGUGUUGCACCAAGCAAGGCGAUUGAAUUAUUUGCAUAUGAUACGGUCAAUAAGAAGCUAUCUCCUGCACCAGGAGAGCAGCCUAAGCUUCCAAUUCCAGCCUCGUUGGUUGCCGGAGCAUGCGCUGGAGUGACCUCAACUCUAUGCACUUAUCCUCUGGAGUUAGUCAAGACUCGACUAACCAUACAGAGAGGUGUAUACAAAGGCAUAGUAGAUGCAUUCAUGAAAAUACUGAGCGAAGAAGGCCCUGGCGAGCUCUACCGAGGCCUAGCUCCAAGCCUCAUUGGAGUCGUCCCUUACGCGGCAACAAAUUACUUUGCUUAUGACACUCUUCGGAAGGCAUACAGGAAGCUUGCAAAGCAAGAGAAGAUUGGCAACAUCGAGACCCUGUUGAUUGGAUCAGCAGCUGGUGCUAUAUCAAGCAGCGCCACUUUCCCUCUUGAGGUGGCUCGCAAGCAUAUGCAGGUGGGAGCCCUAAGUGGGAGGCAAGUGUACAGGGAUGUGCUUCAUGCCCUAGCAAGCAUACUUGAGAAAGAAGGGGUUAAGGGUCUGUACAAAGGGCUAGGGCCAAGCUGCAUGAAGCUUGUCCCGGCUGCUGGGAUAUCGUUCAUGUGUUAUGAGGCUUGCAAGCGGAUUCUUGUGGAGGAAGACCAAGAAGCAUAGGAAGAGUUGAGAGACAUCAUUAUUAUUUCGAUUUUCUUUAUUCUCACAAACAGUUUUGUUCUUGUCCUCCCUCUGCCUGAGAAGGAUUUGUUUUCAGGGUUUAGUUCAGUUAGCUUUUUCUUUUUCUUUUUGGAAUGUUAGAAAUAGCAAGCAUAUGAUCAUUUUGUGUUGGCUACCUUUUGUUUGAGAGAAUCAAAGAGAAAUUGUUGUUUCGAAUAGCUUCGGUUGGGAUAUUUUAACAACAUUUGCAUAGCAUUAGCAGAAUGUUUCUACAAGAUAAAGUACUAUCUCGCGGAAUUGAACUUUGUCUUAG